AUGUCUGAAGAAUAUCUACUUGAUAUCCAAUAUAUGGACUUCGAUCCAGAAUUCGAGAACAAAAUUCUUCAGCGAGCCAAAGAGCAACUUGAGUUUACUGAGACUCUUCAGAAAGCGAGUUUGUUAAUGAACCAAAUCGGCGAAAAUUGCUCAACUAUGAACAUGCACUUAGGACAGAUGAAAGACAUAUUAUCCAAAUUCGAUAAAGAUAAUACAAUAUGCCACCAAAUAGAAAAAUUUGGCCAGAUGAUAAAAACUAUUGGCACCCAAUUCUUAUCUCAAGCAAAAUUUUCUGUCCAAGCACUUCCGACAGUUAUCUUUCCUGCUAUCCAAAAGCUUACAGCUGAUUUAGGUGAAGCAACAACAAAUUAUGAGACCGCCCUCGAUAAUUUCUCUACAUUAGAAGUGAAAUCCAGUAGAGAAGAAUGUCUCCAGUCCGAAAAUAUAUUUGUUAAGUCCGCAAUUCGAAAAUCCGGAAUUUUAUUUUCUUUGAAUCACCAAGUAGAAAUAGCUGAACAAACUGUUACAUCAUCGAUCAAGCUUUCUAUGACGCAAUUUCUCGUCCUUGCUGGAGAAAUGAUGGGCGAUUAUUUGAAAAUCAACAGUCCUGCUCUAUCUGCUAUGAAAACUAACUGCGAUUCCCUCAAAACAUCGAUCAAGGCAUGGCUUGGCAGAGAUCUCAACCAAAAUCCGUCCGACAACUACGCUACAAGGGCUUCAACAAAUUAUUGGGAUAUGAGAUUUAUCCCUAACGCCCGUAUCAUCAAUAGCCUAACGUAUCCGAACCAAACGGUCUGGUUGAAAGAGGCCCAUCCGAUCAGAUCAUCAUCCUGGAUCAAAGGAAAACUAAUUUUUGAAGAUUCUUUACUUAAAUUCGAAAGACGCAAUGCAGAAACCGACCACGAGACAAAAACAUGGCCACUACCACUCGUUACUGUUACAAAGGUUGAGAAAGGAAGGAGAUUUGCUCUGAAAAUCAGAUCUCCUCAAGAAACCAUCGAAUUCCAAACAUUAUCGAAGCUCGACCAAGAAGAAUGGAUGCAUAUAUUCAAUAACCACAACCUUUCAGUACUUGGAGAGAACGAUGGCCAGAGAAAAGGCCUAAUUUGUGCUGAUUGCGGCGCAACAGACGCAACAUGGGUUUCUCUUAACUGGGCAGCUCCUCUUUGUUUGAGAUGUUCAGGGUUCCAUCGUCAGAUGUCAUCAACUAAUUCAAAAGUCAGAUCUUUCACUCUCGACAAAAUUAAUCCAAUAGCAUUACAUAUGAUCGACGAAUUGCAAGGCGAAUGCAAUAAAUUAUUACUAGACAAGCAUCCUGACAUAUCAAUCAAUGCAAAUUCCGACGAAAAAGAUCGCGAAGAUUAUAUUAACCGAAAAUACAUAAAUAACGAAUGGUCCAUAACCGGAAUCGUUCCAGAUCCAUUCGAAGCCAUCAAGAAACGCGAUCUGAAGAUGCUUUUCUACUCAGUUCAUUUCGGACGAAUAAAUGAAACGAAAGACUCCAUUACACCCUUCCAUGCCGUAUGUUCUCUUGGAUGGGAGGACGCUGUAGCCCUUUUGGCCUUCUGCGUCAACGAUUUGAACGUAAAAGACAAAGAUGGCUGGACUCCUUUAUGUUAUGCCGUUUUCUACCAGCACGUAAACAUCAUAGACUUCCUACUUUCAGUAGGGGCAAGAGCCAGGAACCUGGAUAUCAACCUUUACCAGUUAGCAAUUGCGACAAAGAAUAAGAAAGUCGCAAAAUCAAUUAUGAUGCAGGCCGAUCAACUUAGAAACAACGAAACAGAGUUUAAACCCUGUAAUUACUUGUUCGCUCCACCUGGAACUCCAGAAAAUUACAUGAUCGCCCUCAAAUCUCGUGUAUAA